AGACCGCAUAAGAAACGUCAAUUAAAAGGAGUGUGCAGCCCUGGCACACAGCUGUCAUCAUCGCCGCCCUUGUAAAAAACACAAAAACGUGCCGAAGUCAUAGGAACUUGAGACAGGAUGGCCUUCAACUUCACCGCGUUCACCUAUAUAGUAGCCUUAAUUGGCGAUGCUUUCUUGAUAUUUUUCGCCAUAUUUCAUGUGAUUGCAUUUGACGAGCUGAAAACUGAUUAUAAAAACCCAAUUGACCAGUGCAAUAGUCUCAAUCCGUUGGUUCUGCCGGAGUACCUACUUCACAUCUUCCUCAAUUUACUCUUCUUGUUCUGCGGCGAAUGGUUCUCUCUGUGCAUCAACAUUCCCCUAAUAGCCUAUCAUAUUUGGCGCUACAAAAACCGCCCAGUGAUGUCCGGACCUGGACUGUACGACCCGACCACGGUUCUUAAGACGGACACCCUUUCCCGAAACAUGCGCGAGGGCUGGAUCAAGCUAGCAGUCUACUUGAUUAGCUUUUUCUACUACAUAUACGGAAUGGUUUAUUCGCUCAUCUCGACAUAGAGGCAUUGAGGCAGUUGCCUGGGGAUCUCGUUGUUGCCGCCAGCGCAUCCGCAUUGUGUAUUAGUUGUCAUUUAACUCGGGUCAUCCUCCCUGUUUGGCGGGGAGUACCUCCCAUAAACCGCGAACAAAACUUCACUUGUAAAUUUUAGUAUAAAUCCAUAAAGACAUCGAUCAGCUUUGUUUUUUUUUUUAUAAUUUGUAAUCAAUUGUGUGAAGUUGGAGAUUGUAACGUAUUUUUAUUAUUAUUAUUUUUACAUUUGCAUCUUUGGUGUAGUCGGAUUUUAAGCUUAAAUAAAAGUCAAACCGAA